AUGUCGUUCGAUGCCUCAGCCUCAUUAUCGGUCUCCGAUCCAAAUGCCCGCGCCCUGAGCUCCUCAUGCUUCGACUUCCUACUCAUCGAGCUGGUGCCAAUGGCCGAACGUCUCGCCAAGGAUCUAGCCACAGAUGAUAACCCCGAAGAUGAGGAGGUGCGAGAGUCUACAUAUUUCCGUCUCGAGUCGCUGGGUUACCGGGUGGGACAGGGUCUUGCUGAGAGGUUCUCCCAAGAUCGCCCCCGAUUUACCGAUAACCUCGACGUGAUCAAGUUUCUCUGCAAAGACCUGUGGACGGUGCUAUUCAGAAAACAAAUUGAUAAUUUGAAAACAAACCACCGAGGAGUCUACGUGUUGACUGAUAGCGCAUUCCGCCCAUUUGCUCGGAUGAGCAUGGCCGUGCGAGCUGAAGCUGUUACAAUGGCGCAAGCAUACCUGUGGUUCCCUUGCGGUAUUAUUCGCGGCGCUCUGGCCAACCUGGGCAUCAACACAACCGUGCAGGCGGAGACGUCUGAACUGCCAGGAGCAACGUUUCAAAUUAAGACGGUGCAGGCUCGGCCGUGA